CUUUAUAGCUUCCAUCUCCAGGAAAAAGCUAUUUCCUAAGCCCAGAGCAAGCUUCAGGCUAGUGUCCAUUGGUGUUUAACUUUGUUGCAAGUGAACAAGAGUCCCUUCUGCCUCCUCUCUUCCGAGACACGGCGCGAAGGGAAAACUUAGACACUGGAAGGAAAGCGAGUAAAUACACAGAUCGGACCCGCAGAUCACUGGCUGGGACAGACAAUUGAACUUCGGGAGCCCAAGGCGGUCCGGGCCCCCAGAGAUAGUCAGUUUUGAAUCCAAGGAAGCUACUUCUGCGUGGGAGUGGCAAGAGAAGUUAGAGAACCACAUGGAAGACACCCAGGACCUAAAUGAGCAAUCCGUAAAGAAAACGUGCCCAGAAACAGAUGUUUCAGAAGCUCAGAAUUCCAGGUCUAUGGAAAUGCAAGAUCUAGCAAGUCCCCAUGCCUUGGUUGCAGGCAGUGAUACAUCUGGGAGCUCCAAGCUGGAUAAAUCCGGUCUCAGCAGCACUUCGGUCACAACAAAUGGGACAGGAGUGUCUCUUCUUGCAGUCAAAACAGAGCCCUUGCACAGCAGUGAGACUACUACCACGACUGGAGAUGGAGCGCUUGACACUUUUACUGGGUCAGUAAUAACAAGCAGCGGCUAUAGCCCCAGGUCGGCACACCAGUACUCCCCACAGCUGUACCCCUCCAAGCCCUAUCCACACAUUCUUUCUACACCAGCAGCUCAAACAAUGUCGGCCUAUGCAGGCCAAACUCAGUACUCUGGGAUGCAGCAGCCGGCCGUCUACACAGCCUACUCACAGACAGGACAGCCCUACAGCCUGCCUGCCUACGAUCUUGGUGUGAUGUUACCAGCCAUCAAGACAGAAAGUGGGCUUUCCCAAACUCAGCCCCCGUUACAGAGUGGCUGCCUCAGCUACAGCCCUGGGUUUUCUACCCCACAACCAGGCCAGACAACUUACUCUUAUCAAAUGCCAGGCUCCAGUUUUGCGCCAUCGUCUACUAUUUAUGCAAAUAAUUCUGUUUCUAAUUCAACAAAUUUCAGCAGCUCACAACAGGAUUACCCAUCCUACACAGCCUUUGGCCAAAACCAAUAUGCUCAGUAUUACUCGGCAUCAAGCUAUGGGGCGUACAUGACAUCAAAUAACACAGCCGAUGGCACAUCAUCGUCAACCUCAACUUAUCAGCUCCAGGAAUCUCUUCAAGGACUGACUAGCCAACCAGGAGAGUUUGAUACAGUGCAGAGUCCCUCCACACCGAUCAAAGAUCUUGAUGACAGAACAUGUAGAAGUUCUGGGUCAAAGUCUCGAGGAAGAGGCCGGAAAAAUAAUCCCUCCCCACCUCCGGACAGUGACCUGGAGCGUGUGUUUGUCUGGGACUUAGAUGAAACUAUCAUCGUCUUCCACUCUCUCCUCACGGGCUCUUAUGCACAGAAAUAUGGCAAGGAUCCCCCAAUGGCUGUGACCCUUGGGCUCCGAAUGGAAGAAAUGAUCUUUAAUCUUGCUGAUACACAUUUGUUUUUUAAUGACUUAGAGGAGUGUGAUCAAGUUCAUAUAGAUGAUGUUUCCUCCGAUGACAAUGGUCAGGACUUAAGUACCUACAGUUUUGCAACUGAUGGCUUCCAUGCAACUGCAAGUAGUGCGAACCUUUGUUUGCCAACAGGUGUGAGAGGAGGAGUGGACUGGAUGAGGAAGCUGGCUUUUCGUUACAGAAGAGUAAAGGAAUUAUAUAACACCUACAAGAACAAUGUUGGAGGACUUCUUGGCCCUGCCAAGAGAGAUGCAUGGCUGCAGUUAAGGGCAGAGAUUGAAGGCCUAACAGAUUCCUGGCUAACGAGCGCACUUAAGUCUUUAUCAAUUAUUAGUACUAGGAGUAACUGUGUAAAUGUCUUGGUAACGACAACCCAGCUGAUUCCUGCUCUUGCAAAAGUCCUGCUCUACAGCCUAGGAGGUGCUUUCCCCAUUGAGAACAUUUACAGCGCAACGAAAAUAGGCAAGGAAAGCUGUUUUGAGCGUAUAGUGUCCAGAUUUGGCACUAACAUAACUUAUGUUGUGAUUGGAGAUGGCCGAGAUGAGGAACACGCUGCUAACCAGCACAACAUGCCCUUUUGGAGGAUAUCAAGCCACUCGGACCUCUUGGCUCUACAUCAAGCACUGGAAUUAGAGUAUUUGUAACUGUAUUCUCUAUCUGGGGAUCCAUUUAUUUUUUUUAUAUUUCAAGUACACUGAAUUUUUAUGUGUGAUCCAAUGCCACUGGCUUCUUCUACACAUAUAAAUGGUCUUAAUGGAUGAAAUCAUACUUGGAAUGAAAACUCCAGAGUGAAGAAUUCAGGUUGCUGAAUGGAAUUAAACUUUAGUGCUACAGAAAGGAAGCUCUAUGGUCUUAUUAUCUUUACAAUACUUUCAUGGUUUAAAGAAAAAAAUCUGUGGCAGUUGCUGACACAUAUUAAGUGAGUCCUAAGAGGAAUUAACAGCUUUAGUAAAGAACUCGAACUCUCCCAAGCCACAGCACCUGUUCUGCCUCUGACAAGGUGAUUGAAAACAUUCCUCAAAAUGGGAGCUCUUCUCAACCCUGAGGUUUGAAUCUGACUUAUAGCCUACCUAGCCCAGAAAAUCUGAAUCAAAAUGCACUCAGACUGUAUAACGACAGUCCUAUCUAGACCUGUAAUUUGUGUAAAUUAUUGAUGGAAAUAAUUUACUGUGACUUUAUUAGCAGCUGACUCUGAAAGUGGAUGCAAUUUUUCUUUUAUUUGUCGGGGUGGGAAAGGGGCUGGGGAAAUGGGAAUAUAAUAUUGUCUCUUUUUUUAAGUUUGGCAAAGAGAAUGUUCAUACUGAUGUGUUGUGCCUUAAAGACAAGACAGAAUUUGUGUAUUACAAUGUAACUUUGGUUAAAGUCUCUGUAGAUAAUGAAAGACAAAAACAAACAAACAAAAAUGAAACAAAAAAGCAAACAAAGAAAAACAUUUGUGAAAAUUCUUCACAUGACCAAAUUUAAAAUUUAAGCUAUCAGUUUAAUAUGGAAUCAUUGACAAAUUGAGAAUUUGUUAAAAUGAGAAACCAGUAACAAUAAUAAUACAAGAAAACUUGCAUUUUAAUUGGGUUAUAAAUGAUUCCAAUAAUCAGUAUAUAUCAAUUAUCUGAACAUGCAAUCACAGGUUUGGGAGACUAUGGGUUCUUUAUUUAGAGAGUGAAAUAUAUAUAUAUCAAGGCCUCAAGUAUGCUUUCUCACAGUUUUCUGGAAGGAAAUUAAGAGCCAUAUUCAUGUCAACAUACCCAAUUUUAGUUUAAGACUGGAUACGUGCCAGUUGCUAAGAGGACAAUAUCAUGGUGCACAUUUAGCAAAUAUCAUCAAAGUCAUUUUAGAACAUGAUAUGGAAUGAAUGUAGCUUAAAACACACAUUGAGUAGGCAUAGUAAAGUGCAUUUGUCUUCCAUGCUGUUGCAAAAGUGAUCAGUGAUAGAAAGCAGCUAUACCAGAUAGCUCUCAAGGAAAAAACUCUGAAUCUAUCAAUUUUUUUAUAUAGUAUCAUAAGUUAAUCAUCAAACAAGCUAUAUCUCAACAACAUUGCCAGAUCACAAUGGUAAAAGGCUAUUCAUGCUCCUUGAAAUACAUCAGUCCAGAGUCUCCCCAUUACAAACAGGAAUACAUUAGUUUAUUGGUUUCUUCCUGUAUGGUUGUUCAACAAUGCCUGCGUUCAUUGCCCAGAGAGCCUGGCCUCAUUGUAUCUGCCUGUCUUUUUGUCUUAUUAGUGUAUAAUUCAUAUUGGUAACACAAUACAGAUUCUCCUCUCAUUUGUUAUGAUAUGGUUUGCUUUGUGGAAAUUUAAGACUUCAAGAAGGAAAAUAUUCUAAUGGUAUGAGCACCUGAAUCUCUCUACAUUCUGAAUGGCAUAAGAUGGAUCCUAGAGUCCAGCUCUUAGUCAAUGCCCCUCAUCUCAGGCUGAUUCAUAAGAGAUCAUCAUCUGAGACUUUUGCAUAAGGCUUUGCUCAAAGAUCACAGUGAAGACUCUGGAGGGCUGUAUUUCUUUAGAGAAUGAUGUGGCUCUGUUUACAAAGGGUAUACAGAUGAUGAGAUAACUCUGCAUAAGAUAGAGACUUCUUAUGUCAAUCCUUACUUUCUAAAUGUGGCUUUUGGUUAUCCUUUCCCCAAUGUUGUGUUGGCAAAUUAUGGUUGGGAUAUUUUAAUACUAAUAUUGUUAAUGAUAAAUUUUACACUUCUUCUGGUCUUCAGCUUGAAAGUGGUUAAAAAGUCAAAGAUUUUCUUUUUUAUUACUGGCACUCAUUUCUAUUUAGUACUAUGGUAAAACAAAGUUAGUUUGGCACACUGCCAGUUUCUUUCACUGAUAGACUUUGUGCCCCUGCAUCAAAAGUUAUAAUUCUUCUGGAAAUCUGAUUAACAAGGUUUCUUAGACUGCUCCACUUGAGGGACAGAGAGGCUCACCCUUUCCAAGUUCAUCAAGGACUGACUUUUGGCCUGCUCCUCCCUGCUCCUGCUUAUCCAUCCCCCUUUUCCAGCCCUGAGUAUCUGUCAAAGGGAGGUAGCCAGUGUAAUACCUACAAGUGAGGUUGAUAAAAAGCAGACUGUCAAGCACAGCAAUGGUAACAGCCAGAAAGCCAUGGCCCAGCCUGGUCAUGUGACUUUGAGCAGGCUCAAACUACAACUCUUCUCUUCUCACCUUAGGACAAGAAAAUGCUCUACCUUUCUAAAAACACAUCAGCCAAACAGCAAUAAAAAUAAAUAAAUAAAAUAAAAAACCAGGCCUGCAGGCAGUUGCUACAUUCUAUUUUUAUGUAGAAUAUCGUGCCUUAUUGUAAGUGAGUUUAAAAACUGUUCUCCAACUCAUAUGGGGUUUAGGCUAUUACAAAUUCAAGCUUGGUGUGAUACUAGAAAAAAAAUAACUGCCUUAUACUGUACCUUAAAAAUAUCAAGACCCUAUCACUUGAGUAAGAAAAUAGGUGGCCUAGCUACAACAUUAUAGCAUACAUCUAAGAUGAUAAAAAUCCUGAAGAAAUGUGCAAAUCCAAUUCCGAGGUAAAAAUAAAAUUUUAAGAUUAUAUGGUCUGUGCACAAAAAUAGGUACUAACUGUCUGGUGAGCUAAGAUCAAAAUAGCUUCAACAUCAUGCCCCACUGUGAAGUUUUUUUGUAAAACCUACUUGUUUGUGACAAGCCUACAUUCUCAGUGAAUAUGGCAUUUAGUAUUUUUUUCAACACAAACCUAAGCCUCAUGAGCCAAAGUUGCACUUUGACUCUCUGCUAUGGUGGCGUUAUAGGGAAUCUCACAGUCAAAGUCAAGGGUUUCUGUUAUGUAUUAGUAAAGUAUAGAUUAUUGGGGCCUACAUAAUUUAAAGAAAUGUAAAUUAAUAUUAAAAGCUUGUAAAAAUAUGUACAUCUUUACUAUUUCUCAAUAAAUACCUUUGCAACUCUA